GCAGCAGCCUGAUGAGAACUAGCAAGAAAACCUCCUCAAGUGAAAGCCACCGUCGCUCGGCUCCGGGUCAAGCGUCGGCCGUUACGCUAAUGGAGCUGAGUGGGGGAGGAGGCUGUUGCUAUGACGACGCAUCACCGCAACACUCACCACCGUGUCCGACUGAGACCAAAACAAACUUAGGCUUAAGGAUGCCUGUGCACACCAGAAAAGAUCCUAUGGACAUCCCAGAGCCCUCAGAUCAUUACAUGUGUGAGGAGGAUGAUGACAGCUUUCUGGUUGACCCUGAACUACUCAGGGAUCGGCUGCCUCAGCCAUUUCGUAUGAUCGACAAGGUCCUGGACAGACUGCUUGAUAUGGCCUGGGACACCAUCUUAAAGAGAGAAACUGCUAGGAUGGCAGAGGAAACCAAAAAGAAACCUCCUGUUGUGGAGCUGUCUGCAGCUACACAGCUUCCCAAGAGUACCAACUGCCUGGCGUGCUCAGAGGAUGGCAGAUACAUCAGUAUGGGUCACUCCCAGGGCCUGUCAGUGAGCUGUGCAUCCUCUUUCAUCUGUGUCGCCACGUGGCUUGAGGACAGGCUUGAAAUCACAUCCAUUCAAAUGAGCUCUGUUGGUGGGAAUGCCUAUCUGCUCGGCACUGUUGAUGACAUGGGUGUUGCAAGAGUCUUUGCAUAUCACGCUGAAAACAUUCACCUUCUCAGAGUUAUUAAUGACACGGAAGAUAUCAGCCAAAGGAGCAUUUGCAUGACAUUUGAACUAUCCAAAGGAGGAGAUUACGGAGCUGCAUCAAUCAGUUGCGGUGGUGCACUUUGGCUCGAAGUCUAUCGCUUCCCCUUAGAAGCAUGGCUGAAAGAUUUAGAGCUGGCAGCAUCACACAAACAGGCAGAGAAUCCACCUGGAGUUUCAGACGUGAAAUGGUCUUCAGUUGCACUGCUAAUGAAGAUUAAGCCACCUAAAAUCCCAGCAGGGACAACACUGAAAAGUCCAUUUGAGGUUUUGCAGAAGACAGGCUGUGGCAGAGUGUUUGGUUCUGGGCGCAACCACAUGAUCAGCAGUCACCAGUGGGAGGAGCAGGAUGCUGUGUUUAGGUCCAUGUAUAGGAAGUACCUUAGUACUGACACGGACAAAACAAAAGAAAUGAGACAUUGCACCAAGCACUUUCUGCUGCCUUGUGGUUUGUUUCCGGGCCAUAGUGAAGGAAAGUCUCAACCAGUAGGCUUGCCUGUUGCCUUUUGUGUCUGGUGGAGUGGCAGCCAUAAUCUUCUGCAGUAUUUGCUGUGCAGAACACCAAAGGAUAAACCAGAUGUGGAACCUGAUAUGUUGUGGCCAAAUGCACAUGAAAUCCUCUGCUCUGCUGUCAGUGUUUGCACCCGUUACAUAUCUCUGGGCCUCGAUGCUGCCUUAGUGACUGUCUGGGACAGGCUGUUGGGGCUCCCACUGUCUGUUGUCGUGCUGUCAGCAGCAGAUAGUGUUUUCACACAGAUUCUGUUUGUGGACCACAGACCUGUGUCUGCUGAGGAGUCCCUGCUCCCCCAGGCUGUGGCCUCAGCCAAAGUCUAUCUUUUGGUUGUUUGUAAGAGUGGAGCAACCCAUGUAGUCACCACAGGACGAGGAAUAGAAUCCUCCACCAUGCAGAUCACUGAAAGGCCAAAAGAUUGUGGAGGUGUCCCAUCUGUCAUUUCAUCAGUGCCAUUCUUGCAGGGAUUGUCUCUCGUGGUGCAAAAAGAUGGAAAAAUGCUCCUCCAAGAUGUCAUCAACAAAGCCACGGUGUGCUGUUUGAUUCCUCCCACAUCUCAUCUGCUUGCAGCUCCCUGGGAUCCUGUUUAUGUUCUCAGCACGAAACGGCAAACUCUAUUCAUAAGAGGUGACCAGAACCUCAGCCACGGUGAUUCUUCUACAGGAGACUGUCUCAGUCAGCUCCUCAUCUGUCAUUUUGGAGAGUCUGCCAUCAUCGAACCAUACAUCACUACAUCUCCAGACUCCUCAAAACAGCAAACAGGAAUCAGCUAUGUUGCUCUUGAGGAAGCUUGCAAUCUCUACCUCCAGCAAAGAGUCCUGACUGCAAAUGAAAGGAACGGAGCAACGACUCAGACGUGGAAGCAGCUGCAGGAGCAUGUGGUGGCAGUCCAACAGAGGCAACAGAGACUCAGAGGUGCUGCAGCUGUUUCUGAAUAACAGCAAAGAAAUGUUUUGCAUACAAGUAGAAAGAGGGAUUAAAUUUCUUGGGAAGGACAGCAUUAAAUGAGGAAUUAAAUGAAAGAAUGAUAACUGCAGUGUAGGUGUAUAUAGUUCAUAGCACAGAGUUAUCUUAAAACCUUUGCUUACAAAACAGAUAUGCUUUUGACAACAAAUGAACAUUGUAUGAUGAAAUUCAACCUCAGGAACCUUUUACUUGAAUUCAACAAACUAUAUAUUAAUGAUAGGAUAUAGCAUUUUUGGAAAAUGGAAUUUUUAUCUGUCACUAUGUUUAACUUAAUUAAAUUACAUUUGA